GUAAAUGGAAUCGACCCCUGCAGAAGGGGUUGAAUCUUAUGGCUCCUGAUCUAGUGCUUAGGCUAUUACUGAUCCGGAACAGGGAACGGUGAUUCUCUCAGCUCCGUUCAGCUAGUCAACGUUCGUUGGGUAGGCGCACGACUGUUGCCUUCGUGCUGGUUUAGGUCGGCCUUUGUUGCCCGGUUGCUUGGCGAUAAGCGAUAGUUGCGAUUCACGUGCAACAGUUAUAAGUUCUGUUCAUACUGUCCCGGUGCCUCACGGGAACACAGGUUCAGCGCAUUCGAUCUAGGGCUUUAUAGUUUGUGGAGCGACUAGGUAUCUGGCGAGAGAUGCAUUCAUUCUUCUCUCAUAUCCGAGGCCGAGGUGUUACUAACCAUUCCGCUGCUCCACCUUCACAACCAGAAAACUGCUGCAUUGUCCCGCCCACUCCUGCCCUCAGCUAUGGUGUUGAUUCAACCAUCGAAACAUCCUCAGCAGUGCGUUAUGCCAUAGACAAGAAGAUUCUCGAAAAUCCGAGUUCAUAUUUGGACAUGGAUGAUUCAGAAUUUCUGCCUCGCAGUUUGAGUCCCAGAACUCGGAGACACACCGCUAAUGACAGCAGCUGGAGGCUUCGCAAUAUACUGCGGGCAAAACCUAUGUCCGAGAGUAUCUGCGAACUGGACAAACCUGAGUUAGACUCACCAACCCAUGUAACAACUCUAAGCGAGUCCAAACCUAUUGAUCCCCUGGCUGCCCCUGGAGAUUGGUCCACGUUUGGUCGCCGACGAGUGCGCAGCUCCCCAAUGGUACCAGGAUUUGCAGACCUUAGUCCCACCAAAGACACUACCAGACGGACGUCAUAUUCUUCUUCGCUGAAGAGAAGUGACAAAAAUAAGAAUGAUAAAGGCCACAGCUCAGCCGAGAGUUCGCACUCUAUCGUGAGCUCCCAUAGUGUGUCACGAUCCUCCACAGCGCCUCGCGAUAUAUCAGCACAAACAAGCAAUAGGGGACGCACCUUAAUGAUACCCGACAAUGAUCACACAAGCAGCUCAUCCAUCCAUUCCAAAUCAUCGCCAACAGAUUCUGUGUCCUCUAAAUUGCAUCCACGAACACCCAAUAGUCCACGCUCCAAUACGUCUCCGACAACUCGCCCAACUGCAUACUUCACUACACCUAUCCUUCGUGAACUGGGAUUCGAUUCUCCCGGAACAUUUGGCCAUCCGACACCGGAGAGCCGGUCCACGUUUACGUUUGCAUAUCCAUCGCCUCCACCCCCUCUGCCCCCCUUGAACCACCCGGCUUUGUCAUCCUGCCUCAAGGACAAAAACGUUAAUGAUAUUACUCCCACAGUAUCAGGUUUCGCAGACCGAUCCGACUCAUUUCCCAAACGCUCAUCACGGAUCCCGUCUGACAUUGGUGAUGAUCUUUUUGCAUCGCUAUCAAUGACAUUUGGCCGAUCUGUUAGACACUCUGCGAGCCUCCCUAAGGUGCAAGGUGACUUCCCUCCUUCCUCGGAACAGCAGCCUGCCGCACAACAUCUCCGCGCCCGAACAAUAUCUGACAAAGCCCGACCUCGUCGACGCAACAGUGCCUCUUGGAGUGCACAGCAAGCUACAGAAGGUGUCAACUCAUAUUCAAACACUGCAUGGCCCGCAGAGGUAUCGCGCGAAAUGCUGCGGCUUUCGUUGGGUGAAGGGCUCGUCAAUUGGCCAUCCCAAAGUGGUGUCCCGGGUCCGGGGUCCGAAACACGCGGUAGCAGCAUGGCUCAAUUUCCUAAUCAGACGCCCAUACAACGAUCAUUUUCUCCAUCACCUUCACCACUUCGACCACGCUCCCCAGCUCCCCAAGGCGGGGAACACGCAUCUCAGUCCCCCUCCACCUCCAUCUCAUCCCAUUACCUAACCUUCCUCCUCCUCCACCAUCGCCACCCAGCAAGUUACGCGGACCCGCGCAUGUCUGUGAAUCCAAAUGGUACUCGCGUCGCUACGGAUGGCGCCGCCUCGCCAAACCAUACUCCUUCGAGACUAGAUGUGCCUGUGGGUCCAAGCAAAACACAAGGUCGUCCAUCGUCUCAAUUUCUCCUCCCUCCCUCCACCAUGACUCCCACACCUGCACGUACUUCCCGCACAAUCACCAUUGAUCCAAGUACCCCUACUCCCGCUUCACGCAACCAUAGCGACAAGACAAAAGGCAAGCGCAAAGCCGAAGACAUAGACACCACACCGCCCGAGCAGAAAAAGGACGCCCAGCGCGCAACGUUCGCCGUCCCAGAGAGCAAUCGAAGUCAAAAGCUCUCUGCUUCAUCACACGCACCAUCAUCGUACCACCGCAAGCGCCCCCGUAUAUCAUCGUCCUCUCCUUUCGGCACCCCCAUCCAUUCGCGACCUGUCUCCAUUCAGAGCCAGAGUACGAAUUUAGAGCAGGCGCCUGAGGUGGGCAAGUUCGGUUCCUGGUCGAGCCAAACGAGCGCCCGUAUCCUCUCCAGUCCUAGCGUACCCUCUCGUGCCGCGUCCGCUGGUUCAGCCCAUCCGAAUCACGCGAGACGUCAAAGCAUGUCUCAGGCAUCUAUCCCUAUCAGCGCGCUUGUGUCCCCGCAUGCACCUUCAAUCGCGCGUUCUGGCACGUUUCAUAUGCGAGAUCCCAGACGUCCACCAAAGAAACUUGCAGAGACGCCUUGGACGCUGCAUUUUCGUGCGGAGGAUGAGCCUGGGUCACCUGUGCAUGCGUGGUGCUUCUUUGUGGGAUUCGCCUUGUUCCCUGUCUGGUGGGUUGCUGCUCUCUUUCUCCGCACGCCGCGCACGCGCGUUGUUGGUGAUGAGAAGGGCGUUUCACUAGAUGAUCCACAGAUCGAGCAUGAUGCAAAGGCAUGGCGGUUCCGGUGCCGCGUGAUGUCCAUAGUGUCGCUGUUUACAUACAUCCCCUUCAUCAUUUUGGUUGUCUUCUUUGUCCGACGAUAGCACUGCACAUGAACAAGUCACGCGCAUAUUUUGCAUCCCAAGGACCCUGACUCUACCCGCAACGGCACGUUACGUUUCUCAUUGCACUUAUGACGUUCCGUUUUCUUGCUGCAUACUUCACGUUCUAUGCAAUCUGCAACCUCCUACGAACCUUCCUCUCCAUCACAGUUUUCUCGUCUGUCUUCACUCGUUUCCUGUGU